AUGCUUAGAGCCAGUGCCAAUGCUCUUGCCAGAAGAGCCUCCGCUCGUUCUUUAUCCUCGGUCGCUGCGAAGUACUUUCCCUCCGAGCCAGCACAUCCGCAGCUUGUGACUCCAGCAAUUCCAGGGCCCAAGUCCAUCCAAUUGAAUAACGAUUUGGGAGAGAAAUUCGACAACAGAGCCACAUACUUCGUUGCAGACUACAAGAAUUCCUUGGGUAACUAUAUCAGCGAUGCUGACGGCAACAAGUUGUUAGAUGUCUACUGUCAGAUCGCAUCGAUUGGGUUGGGCUACAACAAUCCAGCCUUGAUUGAGGCUGCGAAAUCUGACGAAAUGGUAUAUGCCUUAAUUGACCGUCCCGCUUUGGCUUGUUUCCCUUCUACUACAUACAAGGAGAUAUUAGAGGACGGAAUCCUCGCUGCUGCCCCACCCAGUAUGUCCAGAGUGUGGACUGCGCUUUCGGGCUCUGAUGCCAACGAAACUGCCUACAAGGCUGCGUUCAUGUACCAACACGCCAAGUUGAGAGGCGAUCAGGACUUCUCGUCUGAAGAAUUGACCUCUGUUAUGGACAAUGCCACUCCUGGCGCUUCCGAGAUGAAGAUCUUGUCGUUUGACAAAGGCUUCCACGGCAGAUUGUUUGGUUCAUUGUCUACCACCAGAUCCAAGGCUAUUCACAAGUUGGACAUUCCUGCAUUCCAAUGGCCCAAGGCACCUUUCCCCAAGUUGAAGUAUCCAUUAGACGAGUUUGCUACUGAGAAUCACGCCGAAGAACUCGCCUGCUUGGAAGCAUUUGAAGACAUUCUUAGCCAACACAAGGGUGCUAGUAAAGUUGCUGCCAUUAUCGUGGAACCAGUCCAGGCUGAAGGCGGAGACAACCAUGCCUCUUCAUUCUUCUUCCAAGGAUUGAGAGAUAUCACCAUAAAGCACGACGUGUUGAUGAUUGUAGAUGAAGUACAGACCGGAGUAGGUGCCACGGGUAAAAUGUGGGCUCAUGAACAUUGGAACUUAACCACUCCUCCAGACAUGGUAACGUUCUCCAAGAAAUUCCAGGCAGCUGGUUUCUACUACAGCAACCCACAGUUGCAGCCCAACCAACCUUACAGACAGUUUAACACCUGGUGCGGAGAUCCAUCUAAGGCCAUCAUUGCCAAGACCAUCUACCAGGAAAUCGUCAAAAACGACUUGGUCACCAGAACUGCUGCUGUAGGAGACUAUUUGUAUGGUGGUUUACAAUUGCUUGCCUCCAAGUAUCCUGCCCACAUCAAGAACUUGAGAGGUGAGAACUUCGGUACUUUUAUUGCCUGGGACUGCAGAGACGCCGGAGCCAGAAACGAAAUUUUGAUCAAAUGCCGUGAUAGAGGUGUCAAUGUUGGUGGCUGUGGCGAUAUGGCUAUUCGUAUGAGACCCACCUUGACGUUCGAGGAAAAGCAUGCCAACGUGUUCCUCCAAGUUUUGGAAGACGUAUUGAAUUACAUGUGA